AUGGCGACAGUUAAGAAGCAGUUCAGGAUUCUCUGCUUUGGAGAUAGUUUGACGGAAGGCUACACCCACCACGGUCUCUCCUUCACCCCUUACUCACUCACACUGCUUGAAAAACUGCGAACCAACCUCUCCCUAUCCUCUCAAUAUAAUAUUGCCAUUGACACGGAUGGAAUGAGCGGGGAUCAGGUGACUGGAAGCUUUCUGGGACGAAUGGAGGAUCGCUACGAUCAUCCAUUGACAAAGCAUUUGCCAUACGAUUGGGUCGUCUUCCUGGGCGGAACCAACGAUCUCGGCUGGGGAAAGUCUACAGAGGAGAUCCAUUCGGCCAUCAAAGCCGUGACGGACAUCCCUCUCUCGUACUCAGCUCGCGUCUUGAUCAUGACCGUGCCUGAAUGCUCUGCCAAGAUUGCGAGUCUGGAUGCCAGGAGAGAUGAGUUGAACCAAGCCAUCUGGGACGAUUCCCGUGACGACGUAUUCACACUCGACCUCUACGCCAAGAUGCCCUACCAUUCCAUGUCCAAGGAUGAGAGAAAAGAAAUCUGGGACGAUGGGCUGCAUUUCACGGCUGCCGGGUAUGCCAGGAUUGGAACCCUCGUCGCGGAGAGGCUGGUUGAGAUUCUGCAGCGCGAGGCUGAACUCAGAGAUGGGGAAGACCAAGACCAAGACUAA